AUGGCUGGAAUCAUCGGUUCUAUAGACCACUACAGGGUUGGCAGACCGUUUGCCAAUUAUGUAGAACGAUUCGAAAUACUUUGCCAAUUGAAUCUUGUUAAGCCAGAAGUUAAAAAGUCGUGGUUUAUCUCGUUGAGCGGGGAUGAUGUGUUCGACGAGAUAAAGCUACUUUUCCCAAAAAAAGACGUUAAUGAUUUGACCUAUGACGAAAUAAUUAAAAAACUAAAAUCGCGUUUUGACAAAUCCGAGCCGGCGUUAAUGAAUCGUUACAGAUUCAGCAAACGGGACCAAGGUCACACGGAAUCUGCCGAGAACUUUAUUCUAGCGAUUAAAAUGCUUGCUGAAAAUUGUAACUUUCGCGAAUUCAAGGAUGAGGCUAUUCGCGAUCGAUUAGUUUUUGGUUUGCGGGAUAAAGAGCUUCAGCAUAAGUUGUUGAUGGAAGAUGAUGUGACCUUAGAGGCUGCGGAAAAGAUGGUAGUUAGCAACGAGUUAGCCGUAGAAAGGGCCAAGGUGAUUGGAGAAAGUUCAGGAGGCAAUGUAUUCUCGAUAAAGCAUCGUUUGGGAAGAAAGGAUGAGCGUUAUCCAUACCGUAGAGAUGUUGCGGGGAGAUAUCGGUCAGGUUCUAGAAGCAGAAGUCGGGAUCGGGGAGAUAAUUACCGCUUUGUUCCGGGUAGUCGACCUCGAGAAGAUAGUAAGGAUAGAUAUGGUUACAAUUCGAGACGUGAUAAGAGCGAAUGGAAUGGGCACAACAAUGCGAUUUGUUACGAAGUUCCGAAGUUGCGAAGUUACGAAGUUGCAUACGAAGUUCCUUACAAGAUUAGAGAUAAAUUUAAUUCACAUUUGGAUAUGUUGGAAGAGCAGGGGGUGAUUACUCCCAUAGGCGCUAGCGAGUGGGCGUCACCAGUGAUUGCGGUUAUAAAAAAAGAUGGUAACAUAAGAAUGCAGUCCAAAAUGCGUGAGCAAUACUUCAAAUCGGGAUCAGUGCAAGAAGUGCUAAACUAUUUCGGAACAUUACAAAACCCGUUGCACAACAAACCAAAGUACUGUGCCACAUUCAAUUGUAUCGUGUUAACCCUGCUCAAAAACGUGGACAUAAAAUUGAACCAGAUGGAACAACUCGCGAAACUUCCGUCUGAUAUCCACCGAAAGGUUGAAACUCUCAAAAAGCUGCAGCUAGAGCAGAUGGAGAAAGAGGCCGCCUUCCAUCGGCAGGUUCACUCAAUGGAAAUGGAGUAUCAGCUAGAUUUGAAGCAAAUUUACAGUCAACGACGGGCGAUAGUUAAGGGGGCCGUUGACGAUGCCUUAAAACCGGAAGCUGAGCCAACAUGUCCGCUCAAGGGUAUACCGGAAUUUUGGUUGUGCGUUUUCAAAGCGGUUCCUGUAUUGAGCAGUAUGAUUUAUGAAAAGGACGAGGCGGUUUUGAAGCAUCUCGUCGAUGUACGUGUCGAAGUUCGGGAUAAGCCGGUGCCGAGCUUUGUGUUGCAUUUUGAGUUCGAACCGAAUGACUUUUUCGAAAACGAAAUAUUAACGAAAGAGUACUUGUUGGAGUGCGAUCCGGGCUUGGAGAAUAUGGCCGAUUUCAGUGGAUUUCAAAUUUUCGAUACUAACGGAUGCGAGAUCCGUUGGAAGGAAGGCGUUAAUGUGAUAGCUACGGAAAAUGUCGAUGCAGAUGGAGUCAACGGCUCGUUUUUCGAUUUCUUCAAUCCGAAAGCGCUGAAGGAAAGCUUCGAUUCGAUUGUCUACAAGGAUUUCUUGGAGUUCGAUUUCGAAAUCGGAUACCUGAUCAAAGAGCGCAUCAUUCCAAAAGCUGUCCUCUAUUUCAAUGGCGAAUAUAUGGACCUUAAUUCAGAGUUUUUGAGAGCCAUUGCCGGUGACCGCAUUUCUGAAGAUGCAAUUCAGUAGUUGUCAAAAAAUAUUUGCCAUUCAACAUUGUUCACGGUAAAAUA